AUGAUGAACAACCAAUACACUCCUAACUCAAACAUAAAUGGUAAUUUCCCAAACCAACAAUCAUUUAAUCAGUAUUAUGGUCAACCCAACCAAAUGACACAACCAUACAACCCUGUCAUUAAUCAAAAUGAAAUAAAAAUACCUCCUACUAUGUUAUACGCUAAUCAACCUAUUGGAUAUAGUACAUAUCCUUUUUAUAAUCAACAACCAACCCCUUCUCUCCCUCAAAAACCAUUAACUUCUUCUAAUGACACUUUAUUAGCUCCUCCACAUGACAACAACUCUAUUGCUAUUCCUAUGACUCAAGAACAAGCACAAACACCAAAAAAGACUUGUCAACAAAAACUCAUCACAGCAUUUAUAACCUCUUUAUUUCUUUUCUUCUUCUUGGUUUUCUUUAUUACCUUCUUCAGUGUUAUGGGAAAUAUGUUUUUCCUCAUGCUUUCAAACUAA